AUGAAGGCCAUCUUCGUCACCCUUGCCGCGCUCUCUGCACAGCUGGUCGCCGCCCACUACACGCUUCCUGACUUCAUCGCGAACGGAACCACGUUCGGCGACUGGGUCUACGUCCGCGAGACUGAGAAUCACUACUCCAACGGGCCGGUGACUGACGUGACGUCGGAAGCCAUCCGCUGCUACGAGCUCGACCUCGGCAGCAUUCCCGGGGAGACGAGCAUCGCGACUGUCUCGGCCGGGUCCACCAUCGGGUUCAAGGCCAACGACGGCUUCUACCACCCCGGCUACUUCGCCGCAUACAUGAGCGCGGCGUCGCCUGCCGCGAACAGCCCCAACGCCGGCACGGGCAAGACGUGGUUCAAGAUCUGGGAGGACGCGCCCGUGUACAAGAACGGCGCGCUCACGUUCCCGUCGCAGACCAUCGACCAGAUCACCUUCACGAUCCCGAAGAACACCCCGAGCGGGCAGUACCUCAUCCGCGCCGAACAGAUCGCGCUGCACGUCGCGAGCACGUUCGCCGGCGCGCAGUUCUACAUCGGCUGCGCGCAGGUCAACAUCCCAGGCCCGCUCGUGUCCUUCCCGGGCGCGUACACUGGGGAGGAGCCCGGCAUCCUUAUCAACAUCUACAACCUCCCCGCGGGCUACACCGGGUACACCUCUCCCGGCCCGGCCGUCUGGAGCGGGUGA